CGAAACUUAAGUAUAUUAUUAUGAAUUUAUAUACUUAUCGGAGAUUUUUUGUUAAAUAUAUAACAUAAACUCCAGUGAGUAAUGUUUAAAAUAGAAUAAAAAGAUUAAUUCACUAAUAUUCAUCUAAAAUUCCUUAAAAUCAAAUCAUUUAUAAAUUGUCUCAAAACUAUAUUGAGUAUGAUACCUAACCGUAUAUUAGUAAAUACUAGUGGUCUGAUAAUUCUACAAAAAAUAGUUCAGUUUAUUCUUAAGACAAUAUACAAUGCAACUUAAAGUUAAUAUAAAUAUAUAAUAGGUAUCAAACUAGUUAGAGUAAAAAACUGAAAUUGAUAAUUCUUUUGGUAAUAUAGUUUUUGGCCAACGUGUAAAUUUUAUUUAAAAUUGUAUUUAAGCAGUUUAUCACAUGUAAUAAAUACACGAUGUGUUGAAAGGGAGACAAUUAGCUACUGUACGACAUCGGUACAAUAAUACGAAUAUUAUUUGUGUACUCAUUGAUUUUAUACCAUCUUUUCGUCUUGCGUGCAAAAUAUCUUGAAUUGGUACAAAAAUAUGAAAAAGGUGGAACAAGUGGGAUUGGACUGGAAGCAGCAAGAGUGUUAGGAAUGAGAGGUGCUCAUGUGAUUAUCGCCGCAAGAAACACAAAAGCUGCUAAUGAAUCUAAAGAGAUGAUUCUUAAGAUGAACCCUAAUGCACGUAUUGAUUAUCUUCAACUCGAUCUCUCUUCCAUCAAGUCUGUCAGAUCCUUCGUCCAUCAGUUUCUUGCCCUUAACCUCCCUCUCAACAUACUCAUAAACAAUGCAGGUGUUAUGUUUUGUCCUUUCCAGCUCACUGAAGAUGGGAUUGAGUCACAGUUCGCAACAAACCACAUUGGUCAUUUUCUGUUGACGAAUCUGCUAUUGGACAAGAUGAAGAGUAGUGCUAGAGAAAGUGGAAUCGAAGGAAGGAUAGUGAAUCUGUCAUCUGUUGCUCAUACUUAUACUUACCCCCAAGGUAUCAACUUCGACAGCAUCAACGACCCUGAUAAGUAUUCAGAGAAGAAGGCUUAUGGACAGUCAAAACUGGCAAACUUAUUGCAUUCCAAUGCACUGUCUCGUAAACUACAGGAAGAAGGUGUGAACAUCACAGUAAACUCCGUACACCCUGGACUUGUCACCACUAAUCUCUUUCGUCACUCCGGUUUAGGAAUGACGGUCUUCAAGGCUAUGAGUUUCUUCUUGUGGAAAAACAUACCUCAGGGAGCAGCAACAACAUGUUACGUAGCACUUCAUCCUAGUCUGAAAGGUGUCACCGGAAAGUAUUUCGCCGAUUGUAACAUCACCACUCCGAGCAAAUUCGCCACAGACAAAUCUCUCGCCGAUAAACUUUGGGACUUCAGUGUCAAACUCAUCGAUUCUAUCCCCAACUAAACAUCUAAACUUUUGUCUUGUUCAACCACAUCUAAGCUUUCUAGCCGAAAAUUACAUUAAUCUUUUAUCCUCGCAAAAAAAAUUAUCUUUGAUCAUCACAUUUUUUUUUUAGAAUUAGAAAAAUAUGCAACGAAUAAAGUUGUGAGAACAGAAUAAAAUUACAAAAUUUUAAUAAUAAUGUUUUGCUAUAUACAGUAUCAACUAUUUUUACCAAAUGAAUAUGAAG